AUGCACGACGAGAGCAAUCACAAUCGAAAUCAAUAUGUGGUGAACCGAUUUAAACAACUUUUUUUGCAGAGGUAGUUAUUCAUUUCAAGAAAUGUCCAACCAAACUCCUUACAUUGGAAGCAAGAUCAGUUUGAUCUCAAAACUUGACAUCCGUUACGAAGGAAUUCUGUACACCGUUGAUACCAAUGACUCUACUAUCGCUCUGGCUAAAGGUUAGAUUCUGCCAAUUUCAAAAAUUAGAAAGAAACUUUAUCGUAGAGACUCGAAUUUGUUUUCAGUGAGAUCUUUCGGAACUGAGAAGCGUCCCACGGCAAAUCCGGUAGCCGCUCGAGAUGAUGUUUACGAAUACAUUAUCUUCAAAGCAAGCGACAUCAAGGAUCUCAUCGUUUGCGAUACACCAAAGGUUUUUUUUUCUUCAAGCGUCGAUUCAUUGAGUUCAAUGAAGUUUAUCUGAAAUUUGUUUAUCCGAUCAUCAUCGUACUUCUCGCGGCUACUCGCUCAUACAUCAUAUGUUCACACCAGACUCGUUAUGUUGGAAGUGAAAUGGAAACAGUAUAAAUUGAUCAUCUUCUCAAAAAAAUAAUAAUAGUUUCUAGUAUAUAUGAUACUAUGAAUUACCGUGGGUGCCUUCAACUUCUAAGAUUAACAUCAGUUGGUUGAUCCCUUAUACGGGCAGACCAGUUUUUUUAAUGACGUCAUUCCCUCCCAAUUUUUCUCAAAUUAUAGUGUCAAUACUACCUCUUUACUUUCAUAUACGUCAAUACUUCUCCCUUAAGUUGAAACGUAUUUUCAUACCUAAUUUUUAAAAUUAAUUUUUUUGCAAAGUAACACCUCUUCCUAGAGUGGAUGAAAGGUUGAUUUGCAAACUUGAUUUCUCUACAUGUCCGAAUGAUUAAAAAAAAAAGUCUGUUUAUCGAAGUUCAAUUUUUUUUUUCAGAUGGCCACGCUUUCUGGAGGGUUACCAUACGAUCCAGCGAUCAUAUCAGUAUCGUCGAGAACCGCGCCUGCCAAUAGUGAUGGCUCUCAACCAGGCCAUCCUUCGGCAGGAUCUUCUCGGUCAGAUACUCCGAAUCGUCAAAGUCCUCUUGCCAACAUCGUUAACCGGGCCCCUGGCUCUGGUCGCGGUGGUUUCUCGCGGGGUCGCGGAGGUUUCAUUUCCCAAAGUAAAUACAUUUUUAUCUUUUUUUUAUGAAUACAUUCUCGAUUCAGGUGACAAUCGACAGCAAGGACGUCAAUUCGUUAACUACAAUCGUGGUGGCGGAUUUAACGCACGUGGUCGUAACAACUUUGGAGUUCCUCGCGUGAAUACCCGGGAAAAGCUGAAGUUCGAUAGCGACUUUGACUUUGAAAAGGCUAAUGAACACUUCCAAGAAGUUCUGUGUGACAACGUUGAGAAGCUGAAGGUAUUCCCUCUUUAAUUUUUUUUUUUCUUAGUAUGUACCGUUUUAGCUGGAAGGAGAAGAGAAACAAGAAGUUGAAGAGAAUGAUGAGGACAAGCAGCACUUCUACGACAAGAAAACCUCAUUCUUCGACAACAUCAGUUGUGAAGCCUUGGAGAAAGCCGAAGGCAAAACUGGUCGUCCUGAUUGGAGGAAAGAGCGCGAAACUAACCAAGAAACCUUCGGACAUUCGGCAGUUCGUUCGCUGAACUACCGCCGUGGUUUCGGUCAACGCGGUCGUGGAGGCAAUCGCGGCUAUGGAGGUUCCAUUUUAAAUCCCUAAUCCGUUAUUGUCUUUUUUAUCAAUAGGUUACAACAACUACAACCGCGGUGGCUCCUACAAUGGCUACAACAACUAUAGGAACAACUUCAACCGCAACCAAGGAGGGCUCAACAAACGUGAACAAAAUCCAUCAGGUUCUAACGCCGAACCUCAAGCACAGCCACAAUAA